GAGGAUCCCGAGAUGCUGGCAGCCUCGAUUUGUCACGAGUUCUACUACACGGUGUUGCCCAGCACGAUCAUGAGUACCUCGCAAGUACCACGCUGCCUCUUCGGCCGGCCGAACUCGCGGGAGACCAUGGAGAUGCUCCAGGAGGCGCUGGACGAGGAGAGGAGCAAGUUCGCGAGGAGAUGGGGAGUGGAUCCCCGCUCCGAGGACAAGGAGAAUAAUUACCAGAGGCGGAACAACGAGACGAGGAGCGACCGGUCGCCCGGCAAAAAGCGGAGUAAUCCAUGA